UUGAAUCAAAGUAACCGAAUCAAUGACGAUUGACACAACUCUAUGUGAAAGUAACAAGUCUUUUCAUUGCGAAAAAUGGCGCUUAAUGAGCGGUACUAUGCGUUGUUGGGAAAGUGUGUCGGUUCGUUAAAUACAUGGAAAAAAUGUGUAAGUCGUUUGGAAGGCAUCGAGAAAAAUGAGGAGAUGCAGAAACUUGAAAAACUAGGAAAGGAAUAUUGUGUCAUCGACAACAACCACAAAAAAAUUGAAAAUGUUUUCAAGGAUCUAGAGGGGUGCAUAAAUGAGCCCGGACAAGAUUAUGACAUUGAUGCCAUGUUUGAAAGCAAAUUGGGGGAACAGCCUGAUAUUGAAAUUAGAGAUAAUGAAAUUUGGGGAGAGAUUUUUAAAAAUCGUGCUUCUGUGCAAGAAAUAAAACCCAAAAAGAAGGUGGAUAAGGCAAAUUAUAAGCAAGUUCAAGACGAUUCUUUAUUAUGUUCAGAUGCAUUUUCUGCUCCCAUUGAUCCCAUAUCAAAGAUUAUAAUAAAAAAACCUGUUAGGAAUCAAAUCUGUAAGCACAUAUAUGACAUGACUUCGAUAUUGCAGUAUAUCAGACAGUCUAGAAAUAAAGCAAAAUGCCCAUACAUUGGAUGUAAUAACAACACUUUAACAAAUAGAGAUUUAAUUAACGACACAGAACUUGAAGAAAAAAUAUCUCAGUACCUCAGUAGUCAAGAACAGCAGGAAGAUUCUGAUACCUCAGAAUAAUAAUUGUAUU